AUGCCGACCAAUGUGACUCCGCAAGGGUCAACAGCGAUCGCGACCACCAUAGCACUAGCCGAGCAAUUCCUCACAAGUCUCACCUCAGAUGGCAGUCAUCAGGUGCCAGAGACCGGCACCGAAGCGCCUUCUCCAUUGCUCUUGCUCGAUGCAGCGGCCAAGUCACUCAAGGCCCAAGUCACCAAAGUCUCUCUUCUGACUAUCAACACUCCUUUCACGCCUAGCGCUGUCGCGUCUUCGUUACAAGCUGUGAACGAAUCGGUCCUGCCCUCGCUCAUGACAGCAACGCUUCUGUGCACUCCCGAUCUGUACACCUCAACAUUCUCGAAGACCGUCAAAGAUUUAACCCGAGCCCUCCUGCGCGAACUCCUGUCCUUAAUAGGUCUUGUCAAUACCAGAAGUGAAGAUGGACGGCCAAAGACAGCCCUUUCGACUGAGAAGAAAAGCGAGGUCACUGAAGCCACUGGCAGAGUGUGGGCGACUUGUGAUGACAUGGUCAAGCUGUGUCAACAAGGCCUGCCGGGCUUUGUCGCUGUCAGGGCGAAACAGUGGCUCGAUCUAAUGAAGGAUGCUGUCAAAGAACUGGAAGAUUGGGAUCCGGAAGAAGAAGUCGAUGAUAAUGACUUAUUUGGCGAUGCUCUGAGUGACGAGGACGAGCAUGUCGCCAACGACCAACAUAACCCUUCAGGAGAUGAUAGAGCUACCAUUUCGGCUGGAGUCAAAGACCAGGCACUUAAAGUGUUGAACAGGAUACCACAAAGCGUUCACGUUCUGCUGAAGCAGCGCCUCGAGAAGUUCCAUCCACCACCCUCCAGCAUAUUACCUGCAUCAACCAAGCGGAGACUUGAGCGCGUACUCGAGGGGACAAGGCAGAUAUCCGACAUCAUUGAUGAGUCGGCAGAAGGUAUGUAUAUGGGCGACCCUGAACUCUGCUUGAAGAAGGCAGGCGAGGCUCGUGCUCUUACGAUCGAGAUCAUGGAGCUCGCCGCCAAUCCACUAGACGACGCUGCCCGAGAUAUCCAACGGACAGAGACACAGGAAGACAAGUUCAUGAAACGUGCUCUUGAAUGGAUACGGCAAGUCGACACAGGCUCUGCGACGACUGAAUGA